AUGGACCAAGCAUCAGGAGGCCAAGGCGACCUAAACUGGCGUCUCAGCGCGCAUCCGAUCACGCUACUUGUCUUUUUGGGCAUUCGCAUCGGCGCGCUACUGAUGUACCUCUUCGGUGUACUGUUUAUCGAUGACUUUAUUCUCGUCUUCAUUUUCACCCUUCUUCUCCUCUCUGCGGAUUUCUACUACCUGAAGAACAUUGCCGGACGCCGGCUGGUCGGCCUACGUUGGUGGAAUGAGGUCGAUACCACGACUGGCGACUCGCAGUGGGUCUUCGAAUCUUCAGACCCCAACGUUCGCACUGUGACAGCUACCGACAAGCGAUUCUUCUGGCUGAGCUUGUAUGUUACACCUGCUCUGUGGGUAGGCCUUGCGAUUUUGGCUAUUGUGAGACUGGUGGGCGUUAUUUGGCUCAGUCUGAUCGUCAUUGCUCUUAUCUUGACCAUUACCAACACCAUGGCCUUUUCGCGUUGCGAUAAGUUUGGCCAGGCUUCGACAUAUGCCAACUCCGCUUUGGGCGGUGGUAUAGUGAACAACAUUGCGGGUGGCCUGCUGGGCAGGCUGUUCCGGUGA